AUACCCUCAGAAAUCGUUUUUAGAAUAAUUUUAUAUUUAUCCUGCAACGACAUAUCAAAUCUACGAUUAACCUCAGGAAGAAUGCGUUUUCAUUGUGAUCAACCGUAUUUAUGGAGGUCUAUAUACUUAAGGCCAUCCUCGCCGCCGUUAAAGGAAAAGAAUUAUACUGAAGGCCAUGCGACAGUGUUAUGGAAAUUGACAGAUCUGAAAAAAAUAAUUGACGUGCAUCUAGAGCAUAUAAAAUCAAUCCAAAUUUGGGGAGUGAGGGACAAUAUUGUUCACUAUUUGCUAUCAUCAUGCCCUAAUUUGCAUCACCUGACCAUAUGCGGCUGGGCCACACUUUCAGACCACUGCUUGAAAGUUUUACCCUCACAAACACCACUCAAGCUUAGAACUCUGAAGUUAAUAGGUACCUCCGAACAAAUGAAUUUUGUUUCGGUGGACGCUUCUGCGCUGGGGAAAUUACUGGUUCAAACGCCCGAUAUGACAGACCUUGUAUUUGGUUGUAAAAUGCAUAUCCAUGCAGAUAUACUACUGAAUGAAUUGGAGCAAAGC